CGAACAAUGGGCGUGUCUCUCCCCAUCCAACAUGGCGGCGCAGGAGUUUCUAUGAAAACUUUUCCUCUCAGUUUCUUAGUUAAAAGUUUUUGCGGUGCGAAACGCACUUCGCGCCCUGGAGGGGACAUGUUGCGCGAGAGGAGCCCGGACUCCGUCGCGCCUCGUCCCGGCGCCUCGCGGCGCACGUCGGUCGUUUUAGCGGCUUGUUGUUUUAUCGUCGGCGUAAACUUGGCGGCGUGUGACCGCGAAGGAGUCGCCCCGGAGAGGUGCCUCGUCUGGGGUCCGGGGCUGGAGCCCGACGCGGCGCCACUGCCGGUCCGCUACUUCUUCAUCCAGGCGGCGAGCUCCGCCGGUCACAACCUGACUUCAUCUCCCGGUACAGACACGUUCAAGGUGAAGAUCAACUCCCUGGACAAGACGGAGCACGUCCGCAUCCACGUGCCGCCGCCCCUGGACAGAGGCGACGGCUCCUUCCUGGUCCGGUACCGGCUCUACGGCUCGGCGCAGCGGGGUCUGAAGGUCGAGGUCUUCCACGGGGACGAUGCCGUCGCCAGGUCGCCCUACGUCAUGCAAGGUCCCGUCUAUCACGAGUACUGUGACUGUCCCGAAUGGGACGCCUCCGCCUGGCAGCGGGCCUCGCGGUGUCCCGCCGAAGAGCCUCAGAUUCUGGCCGACUUCAAGGCCUUCCCCGCCGUCGACCUGCAGUACCUGAGACAGGAAGUGCCUCUCAGGUUCUCCAACAGAGGCGGCCUCAUCCACUACGCCAUCAUCGACAACCGGCUGUACCGCCGCACUCUGGGGAAGUACACGGACUUCAAGAUGUUCUCCGACGAAAUGUUGCUGUCGCUGACAAGGAAGGUGACGGUGCCUGACGUGGAGUUCUUCGUCAAUGUCGGCGACUGGCCACUGGAGACGAGGAGGACGGACGCCGUUCCCGUGUUGUCGUGGUGCGGCUCCACGGACACCCGGGACAUUGUGCUGCCCACGUACGAGGUCACACACUCCACCAUGGAGGCCAUGAGGGGCGUCACCAACGACCUGCUGUCUGUGCAGGGACACACAGGACCUCCGUGGGCUAACAAAACAGAGCGGGCGUUUUUCCGCGGCCGGGACAGUCGAGAGGAACGCCUCCAGCUCGUCUCCGUGUCCAAGAAGAACCCCGAGCUGCUGGACGCAGGCAUCACGGGAUGGUUCUUCUUCAGAGACCGGGAGAAACACAUCGGCAAAGCUCCGCUCGUCGGAUUCUUUGACUUCUUUAAGUACAAGUACCAGGUGAACGUGGAUGGAACGGUGGCAGCGUAUCGCUUUCCCUACCUGAUGCUCGGGAACAGUCUGGUGCUGAAGCAGGAUUCGCAGUACUACGAGUACUUCUACAGCUCUUUGAAGGCGGGCGCUCACUACGUCCCCGUCAAGAGAAACCUGUCGGACCUUUUGGAGAAAAUCAAAUGGGCCAAAGAGAACGACGCCGAAGCUCGGGAGAUCGCCAGGGCGGGUCAGGCGGCGGCCAGAGAGCUGCUGCAGCCCAGCAGACUGUACUGUUACUACUACAGAGUGCUGCACAUGUACUCGGAGAGACAGAUCGGUGGACCAACACGACACCCAGACAUGGAGCUGGUGCCGCAGCCUGACGACCAGACUGCUGCCUGCACAUGUGAGCGUAAAGGCCCCAAAGAAGAAACCAGCAACAAAGAUGAACUAUGAUGGCGUCUGUCUUUGGAACAUUUUUGAAAAAUGUUCUCCUCAGAAUCAUUCCUGACAAAUAAAGAGGAAAAAUGUGAAUUUUACAGUUUACAAUGAAAACAUUUUGUUGUUUUUAUAUUGGAGAAUAAAGGAAGUUGUUGGGCAGAUUUACAAUAAAAAACCUGGUCCUCAGCCAUUUCAAGAUAAGAUGAAAAAAUGACGGUGCCCUCUUUUUAAUAAUGUGAGUUAUAGUGUUUUGUACCUUUUUGUAAAGCUUUGGUUAUUAAAGUGAGUAUAUACUUACUGUUUUGUAAAUGUGCCUUUGCAUUGGAUAUUUGUAUACAGUAUUACUCUAAAAUGAAUGUCUUUAAAUAAAUCUUGUACAGAACAGUACAUCACGCUGCAAUAUUAGUUUUGAUGGAAGUGAAUUUAUUUUUUCUUACUUAGUGUCCCAACAAAAAAAUAGUUUAAUCAUAGUUUUAAAAAAAAUCAGUAAUUAGGCUGCAUAGCCUAAAUCGUGGCAUAAUUUCUAUGGUUUCAACAGAAUUUGUAUUUUGACAAACUCACCUGUUCCGAUUUGCCUUACCUGGUUCAUCAUGAAGUGUAAACUACGAAUUAUUAAUAAUUUUUAUAUAUAUAGAUAUAGUUGCUACUAGUAUUUUUUUCUGGUUAUAUGCAUUGAAUGUCUUAUUGGAUUUAUGAAGUGUCCUUGACGGUCUUAAAAAUACAUAAAUAAAUAAAGUGUAUUGUUAUUGUUGUUAAUGCAA